AUGAAGGAGGCAGGUGAAAUGGUUCCCGAGGAGUUGAAGAGAACAACCAAAUUCGCACCAACAGAACAGCAGCUGCAGUAUUCCACGUACGAAUCCGAUGACGUAUUAUUUUUCCAUGCGACUCAGCCAAAUAGGCUUUGGGGGGAUAUCUAUCAGCGCGACGGGACUGAGCAUCACCCCGGGAAUAACAUCCACAAUUUCAUGAAAAUCGGGACUCAAAAAGUGUUCAAUGAUACGAUAUAUGAGUUGGGCCAGCACCAUGCAGACACUGUGCUAGGCAACGGAAAUGUCAUUGCAAGAAAUAAAAAUAACAGCUUCAGGCCACUGGGUACAAGUAACACCCCAGCAAAGUGGAGCACGAGCCCAGAAGCCCCCCGUAACCCUUUACAGAGACUUCACAGUGAAGAACGAAUGUACCUCGAUGAUCAAUUGGAGGUACAUAAUAGCAAUGCUAGGUUUGCAAACACUAGAGGAGGUCAAGUGACAUCGAACAAAAGUUCUUACGAUGCCAAUCAUCGCACAGGUCAGCGCGAAGGAAGAAUGCAAGCUGUUGGGAUGUCCAAUCGACAAAUUUCUCGCAGUCCUGACCUAUCAUUUCCCCUUGGUCCAUUAGCUGAAGAGGACCUCGGCGAAUUUUCGACGAUGACCCAAGAGGAAUACGAAAAUAUCAAUAAGCUCAUCAAUGAAUCAUUCGACGAAUCGAGCAGAUCAGUACUUGAGUUCACCGAGGCAGAUCAAGCGUUGCUAGAUGCCAUGGAGGCAGAAAAUUCGGAAUCAAGCCUUACGAGAUAUCCAUACCAACCAAGUUUGAGCGGGGAUUUUCUUCAGGGCGCUUUAGUUCUAACUGCUCAAGGUCUCGAAAUUCAGAACACCGAUUAUCUGCAGGAGACUGGUACCACACACCACCCAUUACAACAUGUUACGGGAUGUCCAGUUUUUCCGGAGGAUGAACCAGUACCUAGUCAUCAUUCACCAAAAAAGAGUGCAAUAAUGCCAUAUCCACUUGCAGCAAUGAUGGGAUCAACUACGAUGCAACUCCCCACAGCUAAUGAUUAUCCAACUCACUACCAGAAAGGGUCCUUGUCUCCAAUGUGCGCUGAUUCACAAUCGCCCAUGAAUCAUAACUGGCAAAUCACUGGCAAUUACCAGCCAUCCACACCCUUACCAAGCCCUGGAAUCCACCGGCCAUUUCCUGUCGUUGACUUCCAGCACCUAUCAGCUUCCGUGAACGUAGCCGGGGCGGCUCAAAAUAAAUUUGAGCAUGACCCAUUAUGCCACAAACCAGAGAGCGGUGGAUAUAAUGGAGCCGUAAACUUCCAGGCCAAUGACAUUGGGGCAUAUCCUACACCACCAUAUGAUAGCUACACCCCUCCUGAAUCACCACACCGCGACCCCGCCAUGACAAAUUACGCUGAGAAUAACUUGGGAGCUGGCGGAGAAAUGCAACAGACAUACUACCGUCCGAUGAAUGCAGAAAAGAGUGUUGUCCAUGGUACCAAAAAUGGAAUAACGGGAAAAAAUGGUGAGAGGGUCCAAACCGGUGAAAAGUUUCCGAGGUCAAAGAAAAGACCCGAUUGGGCAACGCGGCCUGAUGCAGUUAGACCUAGGGUAUCCAUGACGGAGGAGGAAUAUCAAUGGCUACGACCGGGAAAACCAGCACGAGACAUCUUCGCAACUGCCAGGAGAAAGGCCGAUAACAAGAGGAUGAGAGAAGAGGCCAUGGCAGAUGCCAUGGAGAGGGCAGGCAAGCCUAGGCCCAAACCCAAAAAGCCUAUGCCCAUCAAAGGAGGUGUGCACAUCGAAGAGUGGGAGAAAGAGAAACUCAACGAGUAAGUUCCCAUUUUUAUAUCUUGCAAAAAUAAUUAGUCAACAUUUACUAACUGUUGUGCUUUAGAUACCGCAAGAGCCGAGGUAUGUCGGGCCGGUCGCUAUUCAUGGCGAAACCUCAGACUCAUGGAAAGCGAAAGGCGUGUGAAGUAGCAGGGCCAGUUGCACAGCAGGAGCCAAAGCAACAGAGGCUGUCAGAGAAUGGAGAUGAUGGUUUUGGCACCAUAAACGGUGUGAACGAGGAAAUUUCUGCGAAUGUUAGCCCCUGGAACAGGCUUGAUCCUGCGCAUUCAUUGGUGGAAAACGGUAUUGAUGAAACCUUAUCAGGGUUAGCCACAGAAGAUGGGCGAGUAUCCUGGUUCCCCGGUUCCACAGACCUCUUAAACGGACGUCAAGGAAAUCUACAGGAUUUCGACAAUUUGAUUGAUCCAAGACUACUAUCCUUGGCUCAAUUCCCGUACCUAGAGAAAUAG